CCGAGUGUGGGGUGAGGCGGAGGAGCGGGCCCGGGAGGCGCCAUGGCGGCCGCCCUGGGCGCGGGCGGGGGAGCCGGAGCAGGAGCCGGAGCCGGAGAUGAUGACUUUGAUCAAUUCGAUAAGCCUGGUGCAGAACGGUCGUGGAGAAGACGAACUGGAGAUGAUGACUGGGAUAGUGAACUCGAAGAUGACUUGCUUGGAGAGGAUUUAUUAUCUGGCAAAAAGAAUCAGUCAGAUUUGUCAGAUGAAGAACUGAAUGAUGAUCUUUUACAAAGUGAUAAUGAAGAGGAACAAAAUUUCAGUUCUCAGGGUGUCACAAUUAGUCUUAAUGCAACGUCCGGGAUGGUUACAUCAUUUGAACUCUCUGAGAGCACCAAUGAUCAGUCUGUGGAACAUGAAACGGAGUAUGAGCAAGGGGAGGAUGAAAUGGUUUAUCACAAAUCUGAUGGAUCUGAAUUAUACACUCAAGAGUACACAGAGGAAGGACAGUAUGAAGGCACUGAUGCCGAAUUGACAGAAGACCAGAUAGAAUAUGUGGAAGACCAGGGGGAAGAAGAAAUUUACAAUGAUGAAGUGCUAGACAUUGAAAUCAAUGAACCUCUAGAUGAAUUUCCAGAUGAAGAAUGUGUACAGUCAUAUGGUGAACAGCAAGGGAUGCAAGAGCAAGCAGACUAUGUUGCUGAAGAGGAAUUAGAGGAGAUUCCUGAUCCUCAAGCUGCUCCUGAAUCUGAUGAGGCAGCUAUUGAAACUUUGGAACUUCAAAAGGAAACAAAGGAGGAAUCUGAUGAAGAGGAGGAAGAUGACGAAGAAUCUGGUCGAAUACGAUUCAAAACUGAACGUAAAGAAGGAACUAUCAUUAGACUUUCAGAUGUUACCAGAGAGAGAAGAAACAUUCCAGAAACUUUGGAACUUUCUGCAGAAGCCAAAGCUGCAUUACUUGAAUUUGAGGAAAGGGAACGGCAACACAAGCAGGGCCGCUAUGGCUCACGAAGAGGUGGAAGAAGAGGAGGCUCCGUAAUGUGUCGUGGAGUGGGUGAUCAGAGAAGAGAUAACAGUGAACGAGGAAGAAUGAAAGACCACAGGCCAGCUUUGCUACCUACACAGCCUCCUGUAGUGACUCAUUCACCAAGGCUAAUUCCUCCACCCCAGUCUCAGCCCCAACCUCAGCCUCAACCUCAGCCUCAGCCCCAGCCCCAGCAACAACCUCCGCCCCCACCUCCACCUCCUCCACCUCCUCCUCCUCAACAGCAGCAGCCUAUUAGAAGUCUAUUCCAGCAACAACAGCUGCAACCUCUGCUCCCCUUGCAGCACCCACACCAUCCUUCGCCUCCUCAAGCGAUGCACAUGCCACCCCAAAUGGAAACCCCUAGAAUAAUGAUGACGCCUCCUCCCGUGACACCCCAGCAACCGAAAAACAUCCAUAUAAAUCCGCACUUCAAAGGGAACGUAGUCACCCCAGUUCAAGUGCCCUUGUUACCGGUACCAAACCAGCCAAGACCUGCUGUAGGACCCCAGAGAUUCCCAGUUCCCCCAGAGUUUCCACAGCACACACCUGGGCCCGUCCCCUCUACUUUCAGUCAGCCCCCUCGGCUUCCACUUCAGGACCAGUGGAGAGCCCCACCACCACCACAAGAAAGAGAUCCUUUCUUCUUAGGAGUUUCAGGAGACCCAAGGUUCCCAAGUCAUCAUUUAUUUGAGCAACGCAGUCCCCCACCGCCACCACCUCCUCCCACGCUUCUUAACAGCAGCCAUCCGGUUCCUACGCAGAACCCCUUGCCUUUCCCUCAGCCUGGACCAGCAUUUAAUCAACAAACACAGCAACCGGUAUUUCCCAGAGAAAGGCCAGUAAGACCAAAUAUCCAGCCUCCUGUGGGGAUCCUUCAUUUCAACCAACCCGGCACACCAAAUACCCGGCCUUUCAUUCCUCCGAGACAGCCAUUCUUACCGGGCCCAGGGCAGCCGUUCCUACCAACGCAUACUCAGCCCAACAUGCAGGGCCCUCUGCACCCUCCACUGCCGCCGCCUCAUCAGCCCCAGCCCCAGCCGCAGCAUCCGCAGCCGCAGCAAGCCCAGCACCAGCCGCAACAUCACCAGCACCCGCAUCCGCCGCAGCACCCGCCGCCGCAGCACCCGCCGCCGCCGCCGCAGCACCCGCCGCCGCCACCACAGCACCCGCCACCGCCGCACCCGCCGCCGCCGCCGCCCCACCAGCCGCCGCAGCACCCGCCGCAGCACCCCCCGCCCCAGCUCCAGCAUCCCCAUCACCAUCACCUUUCCGUUCCACCGCCGCCGCUGCUGCCCAUGGCGCAGCCUCAGUUCAGGCCCCACAUCCAGACGGCCCAGCCGCAACAAGCCGGCAACCGCAUGCAGUGUCCCCAGCGACAGGGUCCGAGACACAGUACACCUUCGCAGAAUGUUUCCAAGCGGCCGAUUCAGCAGAUGCAGCCAACCGCUCCAAGAAACAGCAAUUUACGUGAAUUACCGAUCGCACCGGCACACGUUCUGGAGAUGAGUAACAACCGUUGCAAUGCUACCCCUGCGGCCCAAGUGAAGCCUCUCACCAGCACCCCCCCACCACCAUCACCUUCUACCAGAUCUGUUGUUGGCGUCAGGACCCCCCAGGGAAAGACUGAAAUGAAAGCCAGACCAGUUCAUCCUGUGGCUCAUACCAAAGUAGACGCAAAAAAUGAACCAGAAUUUUCCGAUGAAGAUGAAGAGACUAGGUUGUAUCGUUUAAAGAUUGAAGAGCAGAAACGCUUACGGGAGGAAAUUCUGAAGCAAAAGGAGCUGCGACGGCAGCAGCAGGCUGGUGCUCGGAAGAGGGAAUUACUUGAAAGACUUGCUCAGCAACAGCAACCUUACGCUCCCCAGCCCCCAGUAGAACAAGAAGAGGAGCCAUCAUUGUCCCCAACCAAUGGCAACCCAUUACUACCUUAUCCCGGGACACAGGCCAGACCAAAUGUGAAAAACAGGCUCCUGGUCAAAAAGCAAGACGCAACCAUUACAGAGGUUCAGCUGAAAACCCCGAAUUUCGGGCAAGCCGGGGCAAACUUGCAGUAUCCAGGACAGCAGAUGAAACCAGUGAAACAGUUGAGACAGAAUAGAACAGUUCCCCCAGGUCAACUCCAGCCACCCCUGAAAGGGCAGCCAACAAAGCCAGCCGACAUGGACGAAGCUCUUCACCUCAGCCAGACUUCUAGAGUGGCGUCAGUACAAGGCCGACCCCAGGAUAUGAAGCCUGGCGUGAAAAGGACCGUAAUGCAGCGCACGAACACUGGUAGUGGAGAUGGGCCACAUGUGAGCUCCAAAGUCAGGGUGAUUAAGUUGACAGGAGGGCAGGGGGGAGAGAAUGUUGGCUUUUUUCACCCAGAGGGCCAUCCCCAGCGGCUCCCGCCGUCUCCAGAACUGAGGCAGCAGCCUGUGCGGAAGGUCACGCUGACAAAGGGAACGCUUCAGCAGCAGCAGCAGCAAUAUCAACAGCCGCAGUAUCAUCCGCAGCAGCAGCAUUUAUCGGGGGCAGCCCAGAUCCACUCAACUGGCCCUCCAGGAAUCAGGAACAUCCAGGGAAUUCACCCAGCCAAGAAGGUCAUUAUGCACGGGAGAGGCAGAGGAGUAGCAGGCCAGAUGGGCCGGGGACGCUUGAUGCCAAAUAAACAGAAUCUGCGCGUGGUGGAGUGCAAACCUCAGCCCUGUAUUGUGUCAGUUGAAGGGCUUUCUUCAUCAACUACUGAUGUCCAACUGAAAAACCUGCUGAUGUCAGUAGGACCCAUUCAGAGUUUACAGAUGAUUCCCCAGCAACGGAAAGCCAUAGCGAAGUUUAAGGAGCCAGAACACGCAUUAGCAUUUCAACAGAAAUUCCACAGGCACAUGAUAGAUUUGUCCCACAUAAACGUGGCCCUGAUUGUUGAAUGAUUUCUCCUGAGUGAAACUGGUCCUCACACUAGUAGAAGCUACUGUGGAAUUUCUCCAGGAAGCAGAUUUAGAAGCUGGAUCGUCAGGAUCCGAGAUCUUUUCGGCCUUACAAUUCUUGUUUAACUGUUGUCUGGAACUACAGUACCCAAAACAGAAUUGACUGAAGAGAAGCUGAACUGAAGGAUCCAGAGAACUGGAGCUUGGGUGUUAGAGUUCUCCCCGCUAUUGUAACCAUGAGGAACUACGGAUUUUUGUGUUUUUUUUAAGUGCUUACAGUGCAUGUAGACGUUGUUCUUCAAGAUAUGACUGUGUGAUCACAGUAACUUAGAUUGAGGAAAGAACACUCAUGUCAUAAAUUAUAAAGAUUUUCCAUAGAAAAGAAUAUUUGAUAAUGGUUGCUCUUAUCUUCAGUACAGGCUAGAAAAUCCCUUUCUCCACCAACCUCAAGUAGAUUUGAAGGCUUUAGCAGUGCAUUCCAAACAGGGGCAGCUGAAUUCAUUGACAAUUGUAUAUCCUGGGCAUGCCCAUGGGAUAAUACCGCGUUCCUAUAAAUAUUUGCAAGCCCACUCUGCAUUUUCCCUGUCCCUGCCAAACUCCCCACUCUUCUUCCAAACUCACCAGCCCACUUUUCCAACCUUUCCAUCUUCCCAACCCCCAACCAUAUAAUUCCCUUUGUCCCCUUUCCUGAUUAAAAAAAAAAAACAAAACACAAAAAUAAUUUAGGCUUAACUGCUUUUCUCCCCAGCUAGAAAAGAAAUAUCAUUAUCUUUACCAUCAAGUAGCCCCAAGGGAUGGUUACUAGUAGUGAUGUAGGAAAGGUGCAGGAAGAAUUUGAAGAGCUUUCUGAGAUCCGUUGGAUUUUUUUCGGCGAUAUAGCGUGGAAGUGGUAUAUUCACACCGCUUCCCCUGUGUCUUGUGCCAUUGCUGUGGGGUACGGCUUCUAAAAUUCUUGUUUUGAUUGUUGAUUUUUUUAAUUUCAGGCAUAUUGUGCAGGGGGGCUGUAGAGUCAUGCAGACAGUUCAAAGCUAAGAAAUUUGAAUUUGUGGCUUGUCCAUAUACGGAAAAGGGACUAUGAGGUGAUGGCUAACCUGGAGGUGGAAUUAGCAGCUGCCACCAUUAUGUGGAAAUAUUGACGCUGCUCUUAGCAAGUUGGCCGCCAUGCUUUCUUUAGGUGAAAUCUAUCCCUUUUCCACAGGCUCUAAAAUUAUUCUGGACAAUCCUUGCAAAGUGCCUUAAUUUAUGUCUGCACCUACGUUUUGUAAAAGAUUUGCAUUGAUUUGGGUUAAAUUUCAAUUUGGAGACCGUACUCUUCGGGGAAAUACAUUAGGGCACACCUGGACUUCUGAGCGACCUUUUACACGUAGCUGUUUUGUAAAGUUGAUAGGCGUAUAAGUCCUUAAGUAAGAGAAUUCAAAAUCGUCAUGUAGGGCAGAUGCCUGGUGGGCAGGGGACAGCAUGAGUUCAGGGAACUGUGCAUUUGAAUCGGAUUCCUUGUUCGCCUUCUUAGAGGACCAAGUCAACCUGGGCUUUAGCAACUGUUUCUCCCAACCGUAAUUCUAGCUACCUUUCUGACUGAGCCAUCAAUACACGGCCCUCGAUUACAGGGAUGGUGUCAUUUAUUGUAAGCGUGAGAGUGGACAAUGAAACUUAUUUCAUUGUUGCACUUCAAAAAGGAAUAUUUGCCCCAGCAAGCAGAUGAGAUGACCGUGAGCUGGGUGUCUAGGGCACGCACGGUCUCUGUGGGUCACCAGGUUUCCGCCAGUGGAAACUGCCUUCCUUGGAAUUGAGGAUUCAGCGUAAAAUGGCUGCUUCUCCCAGCCUGUGAAACUGGCACUGGGAAACUGAGGUUGUCAGGAGCAGACAAGCAGUAGCUAGGAGGAACUGAAGCCAUUUAGGGGCCAAGUUUGGCAGUGGCUACGUUCAUAGCCGAUCGCUCUGAUGGCACUUGAGUUUGUUGUUGGAAUCUGAGCUUCGGUGGACAACAUCCACUCAGUUUGGCCAUUUUUAUCCCAAUUUUAUGAAAGAUUUUAAAGAUUCCACCCUCUUUUCCAACAGUCUGGCAGUAUUUUGGUUUUGAGAACAAACCAAAAAUCUGAACUGUGAGUCCCAAAAGUAGUAAGUAGACUCGUGAGGAUGUUUAUGCAUACUUCUCUGGGACCACCGUUGAACUAAAACCGAAUACCGUUUGUGCACGUGGAGGGCAUAGACAGAAUUUUUAUAUCGAGUUUCAGGUCUGCGUAUCACCUGAUCUGGGUAUCUGGUGUGGGUGCUGUGCGGUAUGUAUGUGCAUGAGUUUUACACACGUGCAUAAACGACCAAUCUCUUAAGCAUGAUGAUAGUAUGGCGGUCGAUACAGAAAACAUACUAGCGUAAUGAAAUAAAAGUUAGACCUCUUUAAUGUGAUCUACCCCAAGGAAAUUGGGAUGUUAAGCAGAAACCAAUCUGAGGGAUAGCCUCAAGAUUUAUAGUUCUGUGGGGUACCUCCCACAACAGAGGAGGAAGGAGAAUUAGACAGUCACGUUAUUUCGACUCUUACAGCAUUUCUAGCAGAUAAGUCUUAAUCUUAAGCUUAAACCCUCUUUGGAAGAUCUGUUGCAACCAUUAUCUUUGUUCUUUCUUUAUCAUGCAUUUAAAUGAGAAGCAGAAUGCAAAAAUUGCAUUUUAUGUACUAUGUAAAUAUGGACCUUUUAAGAUUAAAAAAACAUUUCUCAAAGUGCUUACAAUUCAGCCACACCGUAGCUAUUUGUUAAUUUUUUGUGUUGUCUUAUCAAACUUCAGUGGAUACCGUUCCAUAAAUGUUGAUGUGUUUUUGUGUAUCUCUUCAAUUUUUAUAAAGAUGGGAGUAAGUCAAUACAUUUCUCCUGAUCUGUGUAUUAUUCGUCCACUAAUUCCAGAAGCUGAAAAGUAGUGAAUGGUAAAUCUGAUAGGGAUAUAUAGUAGGGGAUUAUGUGGAGGCAAAUUAUUUUACUCUUUUUUUCAUUUUGAGUUAUCUCGUUUUGAUUUUGUGUUGUCUCUAAGUUCACUUAGCUAUUCUCUCUCAACUCAUCCUUACAGGACUGUUGAUCUGGGCACGUGUGUGAAUUUCUCAGGCUGACUUCAUUUGAAAGGAUGAUUUUCUUUUUAUCGUUUUUUUGAGACAUUUUUGUCCAGAGCGCAAACGGACUUUGUAACCUAGGAUGGAGGUUAGUCAUAGUGACUCGCUCCUAGGGCUGGGAGGGGAAGCUGCCUUUGCCUUGAUUGUUUUUAUUUUUAAGUCCUUCCUAGCCUGGCUCAUAAAGGUUGGUAGCCAAAAAUCCCUUUCCCUUGGUUCUGCUGCCACUGCAAGUUGAGACAUAUCUCCUCCCCAGCCCCCCUUUCCCACCUCCACAACCACAGUGGUAAAAUCAUGGGGGCUUUUUUCUCAAGUUUGGUAAUUAAAACAGAUUUUUAGUGUCUAGGUAAUAAUUGUGUGUACUACAUCAGAGUAGAUUGACAGAACUGCUAAACCCUCAUUUUUGGUGUUUUCAGCAGGCAGACGUCAAUCAGUGAAUCGUAAUUAGUGAGCGCUUACUCUGUGCAGAGCACUGUACUAAGCGGAAGAGUAGAAUAGAGUUAGUAGACCAGAUCCCUGCCCUUCACACACCUUUUACAGUUGCAGCUCUAGAGAACAGAAGUGGAAGCACACAAACAGAUUGAGAAACUGUCUGAGGACUGGUAAGACGGGUCUCUCGCGAGUUCUUACAAAUACGGCAUUGGAAACUAAGGAACAAGUCUGAAGUACAGUAGCGCUCCAGGGCCCCAGUUUAGAUGGUGCUGUAAACUCCUUUUUAAUUCAGCCGUUGCCCACGGACUCCAAAUGUGGUUAGGAAUGCGAAUUCGUGAACUAAGGAUUUCCCCACUGUGUUCUCAGUAGCGUUCUCUCUCAAAGGUGUAUCGGAGAAGCUAGCUUUCUUUCCACUUUGGAUUUUAAAAUCGGAAGGGUGCUCCCCACCGCUCGGGCCCAGCUCUGCAGAGACGGGGCGGUCGAUGGAAUGGACGAUCUAUUUUUGAAUCUUAUUCCUUCUAGGAAAAGGUAGGCUUGCACUUUAUGGUGUAGGAUGGAUUUUAUCAGUGAAGCUGUUUGGUGGAUGAAGUUCAGCUAGGCUUUUUAGCUCCCCUGGAUCAUGUGCUCAAUUAUUUAGGGAGGAAUUAGGUUUCAAAUAGCCAUGGCUUUCGACUUCUAUCUCAGGGCUAAGAGUUCUUACAUGCCAGUGCUUUCAGAGGUCGCCUUCUCUGCAGUCCUGUGUACGUUUUCUCUCCUUUUUUCCUGCUAGGAUUCAGUUCCGGCUUCUUAUACUUUUAGGCAAGGAGUAUAGCUUCGGGGCAUCCAAAUUUGAGCCUUUUGGAGGAGCCGGAAAACUUGAUGGUGUGUUUGGCACUUUUUGCCAAGUUCCAGCAGCCAGUUUAGAAGGAAACUAAUCCCGUGGGGAAACCACUUUGAAGAGGCACAAAUAGAAUUUAUGGGAGGAAUCACCUUGGGGUCAUUGAGGGUGUUUACCAUGGUGUUUCAAUGUGACCUUUUGACUGGUUCUCUUGACUUUGAGUGAAAUGUUGUUUUAAACAUUCAAUUCUUCAAAGAUAUUUUACCUUAAUUUAUUAUUAAAUCCUAAGGAUUUUCUGUAAGGUAUUUUGCAACCUGCUUAAUUUUUAUCCUGAAAAUGCCUAAUUUAGGGGCUAUAUAAGCCCAAGGUCUUGUGACAAAAACACUGAUUCAUAUUGGAUCCUCAUGUAUACCAUCUUCUGGUAAAAUACGGUUGGGAAGGAUCAUUCUUUGUAACACUGACUAUUGCAGAGAAUGUUUGAAAGUUUUCACUUUCCAUUUCUGUGCGUAUUUUUGGUGGAAGUAUUUUAUACCGUAAAAGACUUUAUUGAAGUGGGUGAAAGGGGAGCCUGGGAUUUGCCUUUCACUGCUAGCAAAAUGGGAGAGGGCUCUUUGACUUCAUCUUUUCUAAUUUUAACAGGUUUAGCCUGUGGGUGGGGCCUUAGAGUGCAUCAGGCCACUGGAGUCCAAGGCACUUAAUAAAAAAUUGUCUUGCAGAUUUAUAUGUUUAGUAUGGUAUCUAAGACCUGUUGAUGGUCUUUUAAUGUGAUCUUCUGAACUCCUGAUCAUUGUAGGAUGUCUCCAUGGGACUUGGUAUUGAUUUCCUUUAACAUAUUUAAAGAUUUGUUUCGAGUUUUGCACUCUGUAGAAGUCUAUGCUGGUGUAUAACUUGGCUGCUAUAUUUAUUGGGUAGAAAAUCAUCGCUCAAUCUGUAUAACGCAACUUCUGCUUUUUACAGGAGGGGAAACUCUCAACACUUUUCCGCCUGAGGACUUUCACUUUUAGACUAAUGCCUCUCUUCCAUUUGCAGGUUCGACUGAGAAUAAUUUUCCCAUUUACUCACAGGUGCCCCGCGGACGGUUGUGCCUGGUCUUUCCUUUUCAGAUCUGUCUCUGAAAGCUUCCGCACUAAAAUGAGGCAGUAGCUUUAGCAACUUAACCCACCACAUCUUUCCCUCAGCUUCAUCUCAUUCUCUGGCAUUCCUCUCCCCUCCCUUUGUGUAGAAAUUAAUCUGCUAAAAUGUUACUCAACCCAAUCAAUCAGUGGUAUUUAUUGAGCGCUUACCGUGUGCAGAGCACUGUAGUAAGCGCUUGGGAGAGUACAACACAACAGAAUUAGUGGAUCAUUCCCUGCCGAUAAUGAGCUUACAGGCUAGUGGAUGGUCUAGAAUCCACACCUGUGUUGAAAUCUCAGUCUCCCUUUGGUUUUCCCAGCUAUACGUUCGCUGCUUUCCUUCUCUCCACACCCCUGUUCCCCCUUCUCUCCGCUGUGGAGUUGAGAGGAGAACGAAUGCCUGCUCAUGCUCACCACAAACUAUUCCAUCUAUUCCAUCUCACUUCCAUUCAAGUCUGCUCAUUCAAAAAAUGAACUGCACUGAACCUCUUCAAAUGGUCUUUGUAUUAAAUGACAGACCCUAAACACAAUUUUUUUUCCCCACAGGUUUUCCACUCUAGUGGAUAAUCUACGUCAAGAGAGCUGGAGAAAUAACAUUUUAUUCAUGUUAUUUUUCAGAGCUUUUAGUUUUUUAUAGCCGUGGGAGCGAGGCCCGUAACAGAGAGUCCAGAUCCAGGCCAACAGAGGCACACUUAAUAUCCAGUUUUCUCUGUUUUAAUUCCUUCUGCCUUUUCAGGAGCUCUGUGCUUGUUGAAUUCAGUGAUAGUAAUAGUGCAUCGUUGUUACCUCUUCAUAUAGCAAGCACUCCUGGAUAGCUUUCUAUUACUAUUACUGAAUGUGAUCCUUCCUAACCUAUAAGCUCUAUGCACUGUACAUAUUUGGGUCUAUUUGAACACUAGUUGAAAGGUCCCACUCUGAUUUGGAACAUGAAGCUAAUGUUCCUAGGAACUCAUUCAGAAUAUAAAAAUCCAGAGACUACCGUUAUCAUGAUACUGACUUUUCAAUAGGUUCAUCUGCUCCAUUUUCUACAAGUUACCUGAGUAAUUUCAUUUCUCACAUGAGGAUAACUGUAUCACCUUAAUAGACCAAGUUCUUCAUCUCUGCAUUAGCAAUUGUGCAAUCUUUAUUGCAGACACAUGUAAUCUAAUCGUAUUUAAUCGUGUGUAAUGAGUAAAACACUGGAAUACUUGAAAAUGUAAAAUUGUUUAAAAAUGUGAUUCCAACCUGGGAAGUGUCUUUGUAGUGAAGUGUUUUGUAAUUUAUGAGCAUACUAAUAAAUUUUGAUUUCCUGUUUAAAACCA